UGGGUGUUAUGACAGAACAUGCACGUGAAAUUGUUAACCAGUGAGUGUUUAUAGAGUGACACGUGAGAUAUUGCAGCAGUGAAUUAAGCGAGUUAUCCUGGGCGUCCGUGGCGUGGAAAUAGAAAUCGGCGCUUGUAAUCCUCUCGCAGAGCUCACAGAGCCUGGUGAGGCCACAUUGGGCUCUUUGUAAGCUCAGCCCACCUUCUCGCCACAACACGACGCACUUGAGAGCAGCUUGAAAGUGCAUUGAGCGCUCGUCCUGCUAACGUUAGCUUGGCGGAUUGAGUGACAGUCGUGAAGAUUGUCGCGGUCAUUGGCAGACAAAGACAAGACAAUGCCUCCAUGGAGGAAUGCGGCGCGCGCCUAAAUAUCAUUUUGGCGUCGACAAAGUUACGACAAAACCUUAAAACGACGUUGCAGCCAGUUUGGGAGCUACAGGGCCAGAAGCAUGACUGAGCAGCAGGAGCACUGCGAAGAAACAGGUCUAUUGUCUGCACAGGACCUGGACGCCUCCAAGGAUGAAGAUGCGCAUGGACACCUCAGGUUUCAUCUGAUUGAAGAGCUGUCCUAUGAGGAUGUCAAAAAAUGUUACCGUGGCUCGUGUGUGUCUUGCAGCGACUUGCUUCAGGCCAUGGAUGAGUGUGUGUGUGUGUACGGCGCCAACGUGCUGAGCCUGGUGCAGAGCUCGCCGCCUCUGAGGGAGCGCGUGGUGUCGGCGGUGAGCCGGGUCGGAGCGGCCGGCGGCUGGAGAGGGAGUUCCGGUGCCGUGCGAGCCGGCCGGUCCGCCAAGGAGCUGCUCAUGACUCUGCCCUGUCCCUCUGCACAGACUGUCAGCAAGUACAACUCGCAGUACCACAAACUCUUCCAGUGUGUGCCCAAGGAUGAGCUCCUGAUGAAAGUGUACUCCUGCGCUCUUCUCAGAGAUAUCCUCCUCCAAGGCAGGCUUUACAUCUCGAGAAAUUGGCUAUGUUUCUAUGCCAACCUCUUCGGCAAGGACAUUAAGGUGGCUCUCCCCGUUGUCUCUGUGCGGUUGGUGAAAAAGCAUAAAACAGCGGGCCUGGUGCCCAAUGGCUUGGCUAUCACCACAGACACUGGUCAGAAGUAUGUAUUCGUGUCACUUCUAUCAAGAGACAGUGUGUAUGACGUCCUUCGAAGGAUCUGCACACACCUACAGGUCAAUGGGAAGAGUCUGAGUAUAAAGCAGUACAUGGAGGAACCCGCCUUAUCGCUGGAUGAAUUCCCGACCCCUGACGAGUUUCCAGUGGGGGAUGAAUUCCCGUCAGUGUUAAAGUGGAGAAGGAAGCCCUCAGUGGUGUCUGUGUCCUCCUCCCUUCCUGACCUGGUGGGGAACUCCAACAGCAGUCUGAGCACUGCAAGUACACCCUUCAAGUCAGAGCAGCCUGUGGAAGAGCGAGCCCUGCAGACAGACAGAGGCCUUUUAUCAGAGCCAGUGGCAGAGUUGGGCCAGAUGGAAUACCAGCUGCUCAAGUUCUUUACCCUGCUUAUCAUUCUCCUCAUCCUUUCUUCGUGCUACCUGGCAUUCCGUGUCUGCAGUCUGGAGCAGCAGCUCUCCUUCCUCAGCAACCCGCAUUUGCCCCUCAGGGAGAGGUCACUAAUAAUCAAUCCAACUCCUAAUUUACUCUAAAUACACACACAUAAGAUGCCUACUCUAUGUGUGAAUCAAUAGGAGGAGGAGGAGAGGCAUAGACCAAAGGCUCCGUCAACCUGUCUUGCUUUCCCGUUGUCCAGGUAACCUCUGCUCCCUUUGACGGGCCUUCGGUUUGGCUGCUGGUCAAGCUUCCCACGUCUAGAUCCAAAAUGAUCUCCGACUCUCCAAUUCAUCGUAUGACGACGAAAACGUCAACCCGUCCCCAGACGUCCGAGGACCUUCCCUCCGUGGGACAGGUGAUCACUUUGAGACUAUGCAAAGAGACUCUUUAUUUGUGUUCAGUAAUGACCCUGAAGCAAGUGACUGACCAUUCAAUCGAGUAAAUUACUUGAAAAGACUGAAUGUAAAAGGGCAUUUCAUUUGUGGCUCAGUCAACUUUACAGAGACCGAAACCAAACAACCCGUCUGAUGGUCCUCACUUGUGCACUUUAAAAAAAAAUGUCCCCCUAAUUUUCAAAUCAUUUUUAGCCGUAUAUAUCAUUCUUGGACAGUGAAAGAGUGGUCAAAACAUGUGCCGAACAAUUCUGAGGUUCCAGGGUUCGAAUCUCAGCUCGCGCAUUUCCAUCUUGUCCCCCGUGCUUGAGUGGCUUCCUCCCACAUUCCAAAAACACGUCUGUUAAGUUCAUUGACGGUUCCAAGUUGUUCCUAGGUGUGAGUGUGAAUGAUGGCGUGAGUGUCGUGAUGCGCCCCUGCAACCAAUCACUUUGCACUCUGCCGCGCAAUUACCUGGGAUAGGCUCCAGGCCACCGUGACCCUAAAUGGGGACAAGCGGGACUCAAGAUGAAGGGAUGGAUGGAUUAUUCUUGAAGAGAGGUACUCACUUUUGAAGGAGACAAGGUUGCAACACUUGACUGACUGAAAAUAUCACCUAACUGUAAUAUACCGAAGCAAUAGCACCUCUUGCGUGUUGAUUACAAUGUGAAUGCAAUGAUGAGGGAACUAGACAGCAAAUGUCUAUUUAUAGAUGUAUUAAUGAGAGUGGUUUAUUCAUUUCAAAUGAAGUGCUCACUGAUAUACUAAUGAUGAGUGCAAAUGUUAUCAUGACUUUGCUGAAGGAUAUUGUAUUGAUUUUUGUUGACUGGGCGUUGUUCUAGUUUAGUAAUGAACUCCCUGUUGAUUAAAUUGGCGACAGACUA